AUGUUAUCCAUACUUCGCAAGGCACGCUUAAAAGACAAGGAGAUGCGAAUAUUAAUGCUGGGUCUUGACAAUGCGGGCAAGACGACCAUCGUCAAACGCAUCAUGAACGAAGACGUCACUACAGUCAGCCCAACCCUGGGCUUCAUCAUUAAAACCAUUGACUUUCUAGGAUACAAGCUCAAUAUUUGGGAUGUCGGAGGACAAAAAACUCUCCGAUCCUAUUGGAAGAACUAUUUUGAAAAGACCGACACACUUGUCUGGGUUGUGGAUGCCACUGAUCGCCUUCGCGCAAACGAUUGUCGGGACGAGCUUUUGGGUCUGCUGCUUGAAGAGCGACUCAUGGGGGCCAGUUUGCUAGUCUUUCUGAACAAGACAGAUGUGGAACAUUGCAUGGACGAGCAGGAGGUUCGCGAGCGACUGGAUUUGGAUUCCAUCAAAACCCACAAAUGGACUAUCCUGUCCUGCAGUGCAAUGACCGGCACCAACUUAACUGAUGGCUUAGAGUGGGUGGUGCAGGAUGCUAAAGACCGGUUAUUCCUCUACUGA